AUGUCACCUCCAAUCUUCCCGCCCGAGGAACUACGACAAAUCGUCCAGGAAGUAGCCACUCUACUCAAGGAGCGCAAAGAAACAGUCUCAGUAGCCGAAACAGCAGCAGGCGGUCUGAUUUCUGCAGCACUCCUUUCCUUUCCUGGUGCAUCGAGCUAUUACCGCGGAGGCCUUACCCUCUAUACACUCGAAUCACGCAUCGCCUACUGCGGCUGGACCCAGGACACCAUCAAGUCUUACAGCGGCCCAACCCCCACCAUCGUCUCCGGCCUCGCCGAGCACACUCGGAAGACACUAGGCAGCACGUAUACUGUCAGCGAGAGCGGAACGGCUGGACCGACGGGAGGCACAACCAAGAACAGGACGCCUGGUUAUGUGGCGCUUGCUGUGGCACGGGAGACAGGCGAGACUGUGACCAAGGAAGUGGAAACGGGCAGCAGUGAGCGCGAAGGUAAUAUGGUGGCAUUUGCCGUGGAAGGGUUGAAGUUGCUACGCGAUGUUCUCCAAGGGGGUAGUGAAGGCAAAUUGUGA